GCAAAUCGACAGACUCUUUACAAAUCCGAACAGAUUGGCAUACUUUUGGAAGUGGAUAACAGGGACAACACUGUCUUGCAUUUGGCUGCAGGCACCAUUUCCAACACUGAAAGAACUUGGCAGAUUGCUGGUGCCGCCAUGCAAAUGAUGUGGGAUAUCAAGUGGUAUCAGUACGUGAGAGCCCUGGUGCCAGAACAUUUCACAUUCAGAACGAACAAGGACGACAAAACCGGUGGGGAGAUCUUCAAGCAGAAGCACAAAGACCUGGUGAAGGAGAGCUCUGAGUGGCUGAAGGAAACCUCCAACUCCUGCUCGGUGGUGGCUGCCCUAAUCGCUGGCGUCUCUUUUGCCACCUCGAGCUCCGUGCCUGGCGGCACCGACAAUGGAAAGCCGGAGCUGGAAGGGCAGCCGGCUUUCGACGCGUUCGCCAUCGCGUCCCUGAUCGGGCUCUGCUUCUCAGUGACCGCCCUGAUCAUGUUCCUGGCGAUCCUGACCUCCCGGAAACAGGCGCAGGACUUCCGGAAGAGCUUGCCAUUGAAGCUCCUGUUCGGCCUGAGCUCUCUCUUUGUCUCCAUUGCUUCCAUGCUGGUUUCCUUCUGCGCUGCGCAUUUCUUCGUGCUGAAGGACAAGUACAAGAACAUCUUGUUCCCUGUCUACAUUGCCACUUGUUUGCCUGUCACUUUCUAUGCAGUGGUGCAGUUUCCUCUCUAUGCUGAUCUGCUUAAAGCCAUUUUCAAGAAGGUCCCACAACCAAGUAUUACCAGCAGCCAAUUUUAGAGGACUUUUUCUUCACUCCGGAUUUUCCAUUUGGUGUAUCCUCUGUUAUGCUUUUAUAAUAAAGUGAUUUUGAU